AUGCGCAGCCUAACCCCCGUCCCCCCUCCGUCGCCGCCCCCGCGUCUUCCUGCAGGUGAUGGAGACGCUGUAAAGGAAGAGGUACCCAGGUCCCGCCUCACGGGAGAGGUGGGGCGAGAACCUGGAACCAGGCUGCCCUCUGCCGGCGAGCCUGUGGAAUCGGCGCACGGUGGAGGAGUGCGGGGGCGGGGGUACCGGGCGCCAACUUCAGCCCCGCUCAACCGCUUCCCUCGGACUCCCAGGCUCCCAGCCCGAAGCCGGGGAAGAGCCCGCGCCGGGAGGAGGGACGCGAGGUCCGGAGAACGAGGAGCUCCGGAGGACGAGGAGCUCCGGAGGACGAGGAGAGCCGGAGGACGAGGAGCGCUGGCGGCCCCGCCCGUCGCAGUCCUUCUCCUCCCGCUCGCCGUCCCCGCGGCCGCGAGGGUCACCAGAGAUGCAAGGAGCGGGUGGGGGACGGGAGCGGGAUGGGGCCGCGCCCUUGGACACGGAGCCCCCUCCGCGGACCUGACCUCACCUCGGGCCUCCGCCGUCGGGCUCGGCCGACUGGCGCCGCAGGGCGGGCCCCCUGGGGACGGGCGGAACCGCGGAGACCCUCGAGAAGCACGGUUCUUGCCGAAGGGCCUCGGGAUCCCCGAGACGUCGGACAGCCCCGAGCGCCCUGCUGCCCUCCUGCACCCCCCAGGGGGUCCCAUCGCCGCCCUCGUGGGACCCGGGGGCUGUCGGAGGAGGCGCCAGCAGUCCGGGUGGCGGGGCACGCUGUGCACACCCCGGAUCGCAGCUGCCGGACCGCCCGCUUUCGGAACCAAGCCCCUGCUCAGGCUCCUCGUACUGACUGGGACAGGGGAGAGGUUUUCAGCUCAGUUCGAGCCCUGGUGUCCUAAGCAUCAGCCUGUCCUUUCUGCGCCGGAGGAAACGGGCAGAGGGGGCUCGGAAGGACCCGCUGUCGCCCAGAGGAAGGGACAGUGUUGUCACCUGGCUGCCUCCCCGAGGACCUCGGAACUUGGAGUGGGAAGGGGGAGGGUGCACAGCCCUGAUUCAGCCCAAGAAAAGGAGUGGCUUUCUCCCCCACUCACCCCAGGGGAAAAUAAACAGUCUCUGGCAUUUUCCUGCAUUCCUGAUUUUUAACCAAACUAUUGUUGAAGGUUGGCCACCUUGGGCUGGGUUGGAGGACUUCCCCUCCGGAGCAAACCUACCCACCCCAGGCCCUGGGCGGAGUAGGCACCUCCCCCAGCCAGCCCUCCAGGAACAAUGCCCCUUUGUAGCCUGCCUUCCUAGCCCGAGGCCACCCCUCCAUGCCCAGGGCUCCCACUCAGAGGACUCCACUGGAGCUUCACUGUGCUUCCAGGUCCCUGCCUGGGAAGGAAACAAAGUGACCUUCCUAAUUGCUGGGGGUAGUGGAAGGGAAGGGAAGAGUGCCUGUGCUUUGAGUGUUGGCAGGCACCUGGCUCCUCCCUGCCAGCCUUGUCCAGAGGAAUUCUUAUUCUCAGGUUCUGUACCUGAUGCGAGGUCCACAGUUGUGAAACGGUAGGGGGGUCCCAAACCCAGCCCUGUUGUGUAGAGAAAUUAUGCAUACAUAUGUACACGCAUGUAUACAUGUAUGAAUUUAUACACAUGCGUUUUUUACACACACGUAAAUUAAUAUAUGCAUUUAUACGUGUACAUUUUUUCCUUUCCACCACCCAGGGUUGAGAAUUAAUGGCAUUUUGAUGUUGUUCCCUUUCCAUCUAGAGCCUCCAAAACCGCGGCUGGCGUUUGCUUGACAGUUCUUCUGUGUGCCCAGGAAGGAGCACCUCCCCGCUCCUCCUUCUCCCAUCUCCCUCUUUCAGCUGCCCCACCUCCCUGGCGCAGGCCCCCUGCCUCCUCAUUUAGAUCGGAGAGACAGUGCCUUCUGCUUGGGUGUGCCUCCCGAGUGGUCCUCUCCCUUCAGGCUCUGGCUUGCCCGUCCUCCCUCAAUACUCCUGCCAGUGUCUCGGUCCACUGCCAAGACCUGGGAGGACCUGGUCCCUCCCAUCUGCUCCGCAAAAGGGCAGAACCUCAGGGGUGCUGGGAAUAAUGGUUACCCUCUCCACCCUGGGCAACUGUUGGCAGCCUCCACAGGCAUUCACACAAGCUAGAGCCAGUCCCGGACCAAAGAUGACUGCCAAAGCCCGGAGCAGUGGAUGCUGGCUAUGGGGUCACUGAGGGACCACAGACUGCAAGUACAGACUGGGUGACUCCUUGGAAAAAUAUUCAUGUAUGGGGUGCUGGUAAUUUUGCAGGAAGCAAAAAUGAGGUCCUUGAACUCACAGCUCCAGACAUUUCCAACCUCCCCUCCGACCCCUCCCUUUCCCUGCCUGCACUCCUCCUCUGUUUGCACUGGCUGUGGACCACUUCUUGCCAAAUGACUCAGUACAGUGGGGAGUUUUGCUUAUUUGAGGGAGGCCUGUAUACUCUACAGGUACCAAGACUGUCACACACACACACACACACACACACACAAUUGAAUUAAAUAAAUAAAAAUAAAAUGCCCAGAAACAGAUAACUGAUCCCUGUGAAAUUUACAAUCCUUGAUGUCCACUGGAUGUUCGCAUCAACCAAAAGCAAGACCAGGGUAAUCCAUGUGGGGCUCAUGGACCUCAGUAACCUUGAGGCAGGACGAUCAAGGAAAUAUUGUGCAGGCUCCAAUCUGGCUUAGAAUCCUGGUUCUGACACUCCCUGUGUGAUCUUGGACCAGUUAUUCAGCCUCUCUGAGCUUCAAAUUCAUCUUCCUCAAAAACAGAAUUAAUAAUUCUUAAUCUCGACAGGGUUGUUGUGAAGAGUAAAUGAAAUAACACAUUUGAAAGUUUCCAACGUACAUCAAGCGCUUAGUAAGUGUUCAUUUCAUUGUCGGCAGUUCUAUUAGAAAUGAAGCCAGGAGAGGAUUUCUAUCAUUACAUGUCAAAAAACCUCUGGAAAUGCGGUCCAUCAAGGUCUUUGGGCCCCUCAAGCAGGACCUAGAGCCAUUUUGAAAGGAGGACGUGAAGGUGGAAUGAAGACUGGGGGUUCAGGGACUUCCCUCCUUCUUGUUUCCUGUUGAAAACAGAAGGUGCAGAAGGAGAAAACAUGGUUUUCUGGCAGCAUGAGUAUGUUUUGGCAACAUUUAAAAAAUUGUCCCCUUUUCUGAUAAAUGGGCUCAACUCCGGUCUCCCCCUCCCUUCCUUCCUGCCUUCACCCCUUCCUCCUUCUCCUCCCUCUUCCUCCCCACAUUUCCUCAUCUGAAACCUGGCAGUCAGAAUAAUUCAUAGGGUCACAAGAAGGGCUAAGUGGGAUAACACAGUCAAUAAAUCAGCCCUGUCUCCUUUAAGCGGUCUCUUAUUUUCCUCGUCCCGUUGACUUCUAAUUCUCCCAGCUCCUCCGUCCCCUUCUGCACAGAGAUGGAAAGUGAGGCUGGACCAGGCCCAGAGACAAAGGGUGAUGUCCCUGAUCUCCUCAAUGACCUUCCUUCAUGCUGAUCUCAUGUCAUCGUCUGAUUCCUGAUUCCCAAGCUCAACGUGGAGCUGCCUGGAAGAUGGGCUGAGACAGACCGGGGUUUAAAUCCUGGCUCUAUCACUUAGUGCCUAUGUAAUUUGAGCCCAGCAGCGUAGAGCUGGAGACCUGCGUGGGGCAGCAUGAAAUGCUUCUCCCGGGAAGAGCAUGGCUCAGAGGUCUGUCGCCUGUGAGCAUUUGUGAUAGUAUCAGAACUCUGCCCCUGGACUUCACACCCUGCCUUAAGAGCCUGCCAGUGGAGGUAGGAAGGAGGACACACUGCUCACAACGGGGCUGAUGUAACAGAGGCUGUUGAGGAAAGACUUCCUGUGGGCCCAGCGAGGGGCUAAGCAUGCCUCGUCCAUCUUCUUGCUCUCACACCAUGAUCCCAUUCUCCAGGUCAUGUUGUUCUGGGAACGUAAAUAAACAGAUUAGAAGGCAAGGGCAUUUGACGAACUGAUAAUCAGCGGGUCAACUUGACCAUGAGUUCCUUGAGCUUGGGUUCUUCAUCUUAAUCUCAGUUUUAUUUCUGCAGACCAAAACACUGGAAUGCUCACUGACCAUUUCUGGGUAGUCCUUAAACAGACUUCAAGACUGAAGGGAGCAAGAGGCAGCUCAGACUGCCAGUGAAGCCAAAGUCCUGGUCCUUUCCAAGGGAAUAUUGGAUUUUCUCAGAGAUGAGUCUGAGCGACGGACUAUACAUGUGUUCCAUCUGGACCAUCUUGUCAUCAAACUGGCAGGGCUGUGAGUCUUGAAGACUACCCGGGCAUACUUUUCAGAGUCCUCAGAAUGUUUACUAUCGGUGCUGCUCAAUCUUCAUUUUUCUGGAGUAACUCUUCCAGUCUCUGAAAUCAAAUGACCCAAAACAGACUGGACUUAUUCAGGGAAGCCAAAAGAUUAGCACCUGUCCACAACGAUGGAGGGUUCUCCUCAGGCCGACAACAGGAAGACCCCUGUUCAACAGCCUCCCCUUUACUCAGAGUGGCUGAAUGUAUUUGUAAAUCUGUGUCCCUUCCUUAAGUUUGCAACUUCCCUUCUCAAAAUGAAAACUUAUUUGGAAAUAUUUUGCUCAUUUAAAAGCUUUUUGAUGGGGCGCCUGGGUGGCUCAGUGGGUUAAAGCCUCUGCUUUCGGCUCAGGUCAUGAUCCCAGGGUCCUGGGAUCCAGUCCCACAUCGGGCUCUCUGCUCAGCGGGGAGCCUGCUUCCCCCUUUCUCUCUGCCUGCCUCUCUGCCUACUUGUGAUC